UUUCAAUAUACCAGAGUGAAGUAUUGAUUUAUCCCAAUUGAAUUAGCGUAAAAGCUGAAAGGAUUCACUUAACUUUAAUAUUUUGUUAUUUAUGUCUUGACCAAUUGAUUAGAUGUAUCGUCCUUCAAUUACGUCAGGUUCGUGAGAAACGUCAGACAGCGGAGUUAAUUAUGUUUUGGCCGGGAAUUGAUGUUUUCAAGUUACGCAUCGAAGAUUAAUCGGAUAAACAACAUGUACAUCAUCAAAGCAAUCGAAGGAGGUUAUUUCAAACCAGCACUUGUUUAUGUUACAUCUUCUGCCACUGCUUGGGAGAUGGAGAAUCAAUUUCAUUGAGAAAAAAAUUUCAUUAUUCUAGACGACAAUGACAAAAAAAUUUGAGUUUGAUUGGCACAUACCUGUACCUGAAUGCCUUUCAACCGGUUGUGUAUUUGAUAGAUGGACGGAAGAGAAAGAUAAUACUGAACUUGAACAAAAGGCACUUUUUAAGGUUGAUCAAUAUGGGUUCUUCAUUUAUUGGAAAAGUGAAGGAAGGGAGGGCGAUGUUAUUGAACUAUGUCAAGUCAGUGAUAUUCGUGCAGGAGGAUUACCUAAAGAUUCAAGGCUACUUAAUUCUAUCGUGAGCAAGCAUGGAAAUGAUGUAGAAGAAAAGUCUUUGACCAUCUGCAGCGGGACAGAUUAUAUAAAUAUAAAUUAUCAGCAUUUGAUCUGUCCCAAUGCUGAAACUGCUAAGGAGUGGCAAGCUGCAUUGAGGAGCAUAACUCACAACAACAAAAUGGCUAAUAUUUGCCCCAGAACUGCGUUGAUGAAACACUGGAUGAGACUAACUUUUCUGGUUGAUGCAAAGGGCAAAGUUCCUGUCAAAGUUGUUGCUCGGACUUUUGCUUCUGGGAAAACGGAAAAAUUGGUAUAUCAAUGUUUGUCGGAAAUGGGCCUUCCAAGUGGAAAGAAUGACAUUAUUGAACCGGAGGAUUUUGUUUUUGAUAAGUUCUACGCGCUAUAUCACAAAAUAUGUCCGAGAAAUGACAUAGAAGAACUGUUUCAAUCAAUAACUGAAGGUAAAGGCGAAACUAUGAAUUUGGAUCAAUUGAUCAACUUUUUGAAUGAAAAACAACGAGAUCCACGUUUGAACGAGAUAUUGUAUCCAUUGUACGAUGAAAAGAGAGCAGCAGAAAUAAUUGCAACAUACGAACAAAUCGAAGAUAACAUCAAAGAAAAUAAGCUAUCUAAAGAUGGAUUUAUAAGAUAUCUCAUGUCGGAUGAGAAUGCACCGGUGUUUUUGGACCGCUUGGUGACUUACAUGGACAUGGAUCAACCUCUUUGUGCGUAUUACAUUAAUUCUAGUCAUAAUACAUACCUCAGCGGUCGUCAGUUUGGCGGUAAAUCUUCUGUAGAAAUGUACCGUCAAGUUUUGCUGGCUGGAUGUCGUUGCGUUGAACUUGAUUGCUGGGAUGGUAGGGGUGAAGAUGAGGAACCUAUCAUAACGCACGGAAGGGCAAUGUGCACUGAUAUUCUCUUCAAGGAUGUGAUUUAUGCUAUACGUGACACUGCUUUUGUCACGUCAGACUAUCCUGUCAUCCUAUCGUUUGAAAAUCAUUGCUGCAAGUCUCAACAGCAUAAACUUGCCAAAUAUUGUGAUGAAAUUUUGGGUGAUUUUUUGUUGAAAGAAUCUUUGGAUGAUUAUCCCUUAGAGCCUGGUGCUCCUUUACCACCACCGUCAGCUUUGAAAAGGAAGAUUCUCAUAAAAAAUAAAAGAUUGAAACCUGAAGUGGAGAAACAGGAACUGGAAUUGUUCAGACAGGGACAGUUUGUUAUUGAAGAUGAAGAGAAAGAAGAUGCUAGUGCAUCUGCAGAUAGAACAUUGCCUCCUGAUAUUUCAGCUGAGACUCCUGCCCCUGAUGGAGUUCCUCUACCUGAUGGGGAAGCAGCUCCACCUGUCCAAUACACUGGUUCAACCACCAAUGUUCAUCCCUGGCUAAGUUCCAUGAUAAACUACGCUCAACCCGUAAAAUUUCAAGGAUUCGAUGUGGCCGAAGAAAAAAAUAUCCAUCAUAACAUGUCCAGUUUCUCUGAGCCUACUGGUUUGAACUAUCUGAGAACGCAGGCUAUUGAAUUUGUCAAUUAUAACAAGAGGCAGAUGUCUAGGAUUUAUCCGAGCGGUGCCAGAGCUAAUUCCUCCAAUUAUAUGCCUCAGGUUUUCUGGAAUGCUGGUUGCCAAAUGGUUUCACUCAACUUUCAAACGUCAGAUCUGCCCAUGCAGUUGAAUCAAGGAAAAUUCGAAUAUAACGGAAACUGUGGUUAUCUAUUGAAACCAGAUUUCAUGAGGCGCCAUGAUCGUACUUUUGAUCCAUUUGCUGAAUGUCCAGUGGAUGGUGUUAUUGCUGCCCAGUGUUCUGUACAAGUUAUCGCAGGCCAAUUCUUAUCGGACAAGAAAGUGGGAACUUAUGUUGAGGUAGAUAUGUAUGGCUUACCCACGGAUACCAUAAGGAAAGAGUUCAAAACCAGAAUGGUACCAGCUAACGGCCUGAAUCCUGUUUACAAAGAAGACCCAUUCUUGUUCAGAAAAAUUGUUCUACCCGAUCUUGCCGUAUUACGUUUUGGUGUUUAUGAUGAAAGCGGAAAGUUACUGGGUCAACGAAUCUUACCUUUGGAUGGUUUACAAGCUGGUUAUCGUCAUAUAUCUUUGAGGACUGAAGCAAACUUCCCAAUGUCUCUACCUAUGUUGUUCUGUAACAUCGAAUUGAAAAUUUAUGUUCCUGAUGGUUUUGAAGAUUUCAUGGCUGCAUUGAGUGAUCCCCGAGGUUUCAUGGGUGCCCAAAAGAAACAAAAUGAGCAAAUGUCUUCUAUGGGGAUAGAGGUGACUGAUAGUAAGGAUACCAAAAAAGAUGUCAAAGAGGAGAAAAAAGAAGAGCCAUUAGUUUUUGAGCCUAUCACCUUUGAAACAAUAAGGCAAGAUAAAGCAUUUCAAAAAACUACCAAAAAACAUCAAAAAGAAUUUGACGCUAUGAAGAAAAAGCAAACUAAAGAGAAGAUGGCUGUUCAAAAAUCACAAUGCAGUGCCAUUGAUAAACUUUGCAAGGGCAAGAACAAAAGUGAUCUUGUCAAUGAUCCGUCUGUUAGAAAACUGGUAUCAGAGCAGACUGUAGAAUGGAGUGGUUUGAUGGAGAGGCACAGAAAGCAAGAGUGGGAGUUCCUGAGAACUCAGCUAGACGAUCAAAGAGACAUUAUGAGAAAACAUAUGGAGUUAUUACAAGCAGGUCAAAUGAAGUUGCUGGAAGCUAGACAGGAUAGAGACAAAAAAGAAAUGAACACUCGUCAAGCUAAGAUUUCCGUUGAAACCGCAAAAGAGGUUGCCAAUGAUAAAACUUUGAAAACAAAAAAGGACAAAGAACGCAGAUUGAAAGAAAAGCAACAAACCAAUGAUAAACGUUUCUUAGAUGAACACAAAACUGCAGCUAUCAAACAUGCAAAGCAGAGGGAAAAACUCAAAUUGCAACAUGAGAAACAGUUGGAAAUGUUAUCCCAUGAUAUCCAAAGAAUGAUUGAUAUGUACAAAAAUGAGGAAUUGGAGUAUGAUUUAACAAGCAAAUGUGAAUUUUUCGUUUGAAGAGUUCCAUCAAACUUGUUCAAAGGAAUGGUAAAGUGAUUAAUUAUUAUUCCCAGUGAAUUUCAAUAGAUAUUUAACAUUUAUAAUAACUAGAUUUAAAAUGGGACCAUCUUCAUUACGUCUCAUGUCGUUUAUGCUCGAUAGAAAGUCAGUAAUAGUUCAAUAUUUAAUCUAUAGAUUACUGUUUGAAAAUUCAGUAGUUUUCAAUUGAGUAAUAGAUGCCUAAACAAUGAAUUACAUUAAAGUAUUCUAUGGAGUUAAGAAAUUUAUUAUUUAAUAUUAACUGAACUCUUUGUAAAAUAUAAUUGAAUUUCUUCAAUAUACUGUUAUUCUGUCUAAGAUAUUUCGAAAGGUAAAUGUUAUUUUUUGUACAAAUUAGUUCUAUGUUUUUUCAAUGUAUACUAAAUU